UUUUUGUCAUCAAUCAUCUGUUUUAAUCUGGUUGUGAAUCAGAGAUGCCUUUAUUGAUAAUCUGUUGAUGGAUCAGAUGUUGAUUGAUUGAUCUUUUGAUGUUUUUGUGUCUUGUAAAAAAAAAAUUAACGCCCCCUGGCGGCGGCCUCGCAGACUCUCACAGGAUCAACCAAUCAGAGACGGCGCUCUGCCUCGUUUCACAUGAGUGACAGGCACUCCAGCCAAUAGUAGCGCGCCUGCGCAGCUUGCAGUGUGGUAGGAGGGCGGGGCGAAGCGCCGCUCGGCAGUAUAGCGGAAGAAAAUGGCGGCCGUGGCUGCAGAGCCAGGAGCUGCGGCGGUUACAACAACAACAAUAACCGCGGCUACGGACGACGAGGGCCCGCCACAACCGGGCUCGGUCGGCCCGGGACUCCCAGCAGCCGUGCAGGAAAGCGACGAGCCAACUCCGGCGGCGGAGUUGGUCGUCCCCCGGGUAGAGGAUGGUGGAGAUGGGGAGGAGCGCCGCCAUGUCAGGCCGGAGCUGGAGCCCGCGGCGGGAAAAGCGCUGUCUGAUAACGGCGUCACCGAUGAACUGAUCAAUAACUUCCCGGUGGAUCGGGUCAGCAUGGACCGGUUCUCUCCCGGAGUACCGGGGGAUCCAGAGGGCGGCGGGAACGUGUACCGCAGCAUCCUGGCGGACCCGCAGCCCUCCGCCGUCUUCCUGCACUCCUUCCCGGCCCCCCCGCCCGUUACCGAGGCCGGGCUGUCUUUGGCGGAACCGGCGGAACCGACCACCAACGUGACGACGGACCGAAACGAGACCGCGGGUCGAGACAGAGGCUACACGGCUCUGGUCCAACCCGAGCUGAGGCCCGGUCCUGCGGACGACGCCAUGUUGGACGGUACCGCGCAACUGCUGUCGGUCCCGGACGGCCUGGAUCCGGACACGGUAUACGGUAAAAACUCAGCUGGGACCGAGGAGAUGCCGAGCCACGGCCUGCGGGACUCCUCCCCGCCUUGCCGGUCCCCGAAGAGGAGGCUGAUAACGGACACCGUGAAGCAGGAAAAACCCGCUGCUGAAGACUCUUCACGGCCGGAGCCCGGACCCGAACCCUGUGUCGGUGCUCCGCCGCUCGCCUCUGUGCAGGAUCUGAGUCCCGGGUCCGAGGUUCGGGUCUCCUUGGACCACGUCAUCGAUGACGCGCUGGUGGUGUCUUUCCGGCUCGGUGAGAAGGUGUUCUCCGGGGUGCUGAUGGACGUUUCCAAAAGGUUCGGACCGUACGGUAUUCCCAUCACGGUGUUUCCCAGACGAGACGACCGGAGUCGACCUCAGGUGCCUGUGCAGUCACAGCCGAUUGCCAGCGACGACACGUCCUCCAAACAGGAAGAUGUCGCCGCCAGUUCUGCGUCAUCGCCCCCUCCCCUUCCUCACCCCUGGACCUCAAAACCGCCACCGCUGUUCCAGGAGGGAGCACCAUACCCCCCUCCUCUAUUUAUCAGGGACACCUACAACCAGGCCUUACCUCAGCCACUGCCACGCAAGAUCAAACGGCCAAAGCGGCGCUACCGCUGCGAGGAGCCAACGUCCAUCAUGAACGCCAUCAAGCUCCGCCCCCGCCAGGUGCUCUGUGACAAGUGCAAAGGUGUGGUGGCGUCGGGCGGGCACAGGGAGGCCCGGCGGGGUCCGGUGGAUCUGAGGGGUGAGGAGGCGUCCCGGCGGCGGCGAGCACCUGAAGGGCCGAUCUCCUCUGAGGUCAAGCGGCUGAGAAACGACGACAAGGGAGGACGUGCUGCGGUAGACAGACGCUCAUCAUCGGGCAUACGUGUGUCAUCUUCAUCAUCAUCUUCCUCUCGCCGUGUCUUGAGGGGCGUGGCUUCAUCUUCAUCCUCAUCCCCAUCCUCGUCCAGCCGCAUGUGUCUGAAGCUCAACUCUAAGAAGGUUCUGGCCAAAGGUUCUGCCGUCGAUCGCUCCAAAGCACGGCAAGUUCUCAAGAAGCUAGCGAGAAGUUCUCAGCCGCCACAGCCGUCACACCGCCGACCAAAAGACCAGAACCAGAAUCAAAACCAGGGUCAGAACCAGAACCAGGUCCGCACCAAGGCUGUGACCCGAGCUGCUGCGCUGCAGAACCACAACCAGAAAGUCCACUUCACUCGCCGCCAGCACCUCAGCGGCACAACCGUCAGCUCGAGCUCCCACGCGCCGCUUCCACCGAGAAUGCGCCUCAAACCCCAAAGGUAUCGUACCGACGACAGCCAGGUGCCCUGCUCCUCCUCCUCCUCCUCCCCUUCUUCCUCCUCCCCGCCAAAACAGAGCACUCUUUUGUCUCCUCCCAAACCUGUGUUAAGCCCCGACCUCACACCCACACCUAGCACAGCGCCGCCCCCUUCCUCAAACACAGCUCCUCCUCCAACACCCCACUCCUGUGUAGCCAGCGUUGCUGUGGAGGUGCAGGAGGUCAGCCCACCUGAGGAGGAGGAGGAGGAGGAGGAGGAGGAGGGGGUGGAACAGGGGGUGGAACAGGGAGAGGGUGGAGAUGAUGUUGUAGAGCCUCCUCCCUGCUGCUCCUCCCUGGACUCCUCUCACUCAGAGUGCAGCUCCACAGAGACCUUUGACCUCCCCCCUCAUGGAGAACCGCCUUCCUCCUCCCUUCCUGCCCCCACUCCCCCUCCGUCCUCCUCCUCCUCCUUGUUAGGGCCUCGGUGUCCCUCCUCAUCCUCCCCCGCCACACUUCCCCCCAGAACCGAUGGCGAGGAGAUGCAGGCCGGAGGCGAGGAGGAGGAGGAGGAUGGAGGUGAACUGAAGAGGCGUCGUAAGUCUUCCACAUCCUCCUCCUCCUCCUCGUCUUCGUCGUCCUCCUCUGUCUUCUCCAAGUUGGUGUCCAAGUGUUUGCUCCCCGACGGUCGGACAGUGUGCGUGGGCGACAUUGUCUGGGCGAAGAUCUAUGGCUUCCCCUGGUGGCCGGCACGCGUGCUCGGCAUCACAGUGUCGCGGCGUGGCGACACGGGGCUGGCAGUGCGGCAGGAGGCACGCGUCUCCUGGUUUGGCUCUCCCACCACCUCCUUCCUGCCGCUCACGCAGCUGUCGCCCUUCCUGGAGAGCUUUCAGUCCCGCUUUGACAGGAAGAGGAAAGGGCCGUACCGCCGCGCCAUCGCCGAGGCCGCCAGUGCCGCCAAACAGCUCACACCUGAAGUCCGGGCGCUGCUCACACAGUUCGAAACGUAGCAUCAGCUACCACUGCCAACGCUUCCCCGCCCCCUCCAUGCGUGCCAUGCCCCCUCCGACUCUGCCCACCCACUACAGGAGGCGGGAGGAGCUUGUCCCUCCCACUCCACAGACUGAUACCUGUCUGUCUGUCAGAGACUGACGCAGACAGACAGACGGACGAUGUUCCUUUUUCUGUUUCCUGUUCUUCCUUUUUUUGGAGGAGGAGGCGGAGCUUAGCAGUUACCUGUCAGUGUUCAUGGGAGUCGUGGGCGGGGCUUAAAUCUGGGGUUACUUUCCCCUGUCUUCAGUUUGAAAUCCUCAUUUUUGAGGCAGGUGUCAGUCAGCGGCAGCGUUUCCACUCGCUGUCACGUUCGAUCCGUUUAAAGUUCACUGAUGAUUUCAUAGUGAUGUACACACCGAGGUCUAAUGCACAGUGUGUCGCAUUAUGACAAGUGUAGUCUCGCCAGAGUGGAGUGAAAAUUCAGCCUGUUGAUCGGCUGACAUCAUGUCGUCACACAUUUACAUCGAUAAGACUCUUAACACUAAUUAAGAUCCAGACAGUAGCUAAGCAACAGUUGCUAAGGUAGGCACAGCUGUAUCAUUUUCUUUCUGAUUCAUCAAGAUGUCUGACGUUCUGAUGCGAUGCCAUCGAGCCUUCCGCAGUCUGGCGGUGUGAAACGCUGUUACAUGCUGACGUGUCACUUUCUGUUGUGUUAGUUCUCCUGGUUCCUCUGGGUUCUGCAGAGAAACAAGACUGAAAAACGUUUUUUUAUAUUCUAUUAUCUUUCUAAAACUGUGAAACACAAGGUUGUCCAAACUGAGGCCAGGGGGCCCAAACAGGGUCCAGAGCUGAGUCUUGAGCGGUCCAGACAUGUCUUCUGAUUGGUUUAUAAAGCUAGCCGCAGUUGCGAUGGCAACAGUGCUCCGACUGAAACGACACAAACUUAAAGGAAUCAGAUCAGUUUCAGACCAGGACCCUGAAACUUUCUGGGUACUUCAGUCGGUCACAGAGCUGUUUGUGUUUGAUCAAACGUAUUGAUCAUCACAGUUUGAAUCUCAGAGAUGUUUUAUGCAGAUGCUGUCAUGUCACUCGUUCUGUGUUUGAGACCCCGGAGCCUCAGUUUACCAACAUUAGACGGACAGACGGACAGGUAGGACAGGUAGGACACACUGACUGUUAGACAGGACAGCUGCUCUGCUCUCAUGACGACGAUAAUGAUGAUGAUGAUGAUGAUGAAGGUGGAUUUUCCCUCUCUGCUGUUUGUAGUUUCAGCUGUCAGACUCUUUUUACCGUCUGUUUGCAGAUCAGAGAUCAGAACUAAAAAAAAUAAAUAAAUAAAAAAGCUGUUGGGACAAAAUAACGGAAACACAAAAAUAAAAAAAAGAAUCCGUCUGAGAGUCAAUCUGUGUACUUGGUUUUUUUUCUUUUUUUUUUCUCAUGUUUUAAAGCUAUUAAAAAAAAUGUCAAACUUCU